ACAACAGCAAAACUUUUAUCAGUGGUUCAUAUCACUAAAGUAUCAGCUUUACUUGGUUUAUUUUGAUAGGAAGAUAAUCGGUCACUGUGCUUGUGGGCUGCGUGAGAACUAAGAAUAUAAUGACAACAUUAUAGUGAAGUGAUCUAUUAGCAUUCCUAGCCCGGCCCCUAGGUUACAAUGCUUGUGAGAUUUGGCACAUGAAGAAGUUUAUAAUCAUCUUUGUAGACCUAAGACACCGAUAUGAAUUUGGCCAAAUACAUCCUAGUACUACUGAUAUCCAUGCAAGUGGUUUUGGGAUUGUCCAAGAAAGUAUAUAAUGUUCCAGACAAGAAGCAAGGAAACUUUAUAAAACGUCUCAAGGAUUAUGAUAUCGUUGUUCCUUYACGAGUUGAUCAAGAUGGAAGGUUUAUAUCACAUGUUAUCCAGCAUCGCACCWCAAACGASAAGAAUAUGAACUUUAAUAUCGUUGCCUUUAAUAAACAAUUACAAUUGGAAUUGACCAAAGAMUCGAGGUUUAUUUCUCCUGGUUUAAUAAUAGAGACACAGACAACACAAAGACAAAUUAAUCGAAGCUGUCACUUCAUUGGGCGCCUUAACAAUCAACCUGGCUCAACCGUGUUCCUUAGCAAUUGUCGUGGCUUGGAAGGCGUUAUUCACGAUGCUGAUGGAGACCACUUGUUCAUCGAGCCAAUUCUUGGUUAUAACCACCGAGAUGGUCAUCACCCUCACCUUAUAUACAGACGGUCAGCCUURCAGCACCCCCCUGAUGGCGAAAUGUAUUUAGACACACAUGAGAAAAUAUCUCUUGCAAGACGUAAAAAGGAGCCAUAUUUGGAAUUGAUAAGAGAAGCAAGUCAUUUUCGUGAAAGAAGGUCAAUUUCUAGUGAGCGCAACGUUGAAGUAUUAGUUGUAGCUGACAAGUCUAUGUAUGACUUCCACAAAGACGAUUUAGAGCACUACUUACUCACCGUCAUGAACAUGGUGAAUAACAUAUUCCGUCACGCAAGUGUGGGUAACGCAAUCAACGUUGUGGUAGUUCGAAUGAUCAUUCUGAAAGAAGAUCAACCUGAUCUCAGGAUAACGCACCAUGCUGGGGACACUAUAGAGAGAUUCUGUAAAUGGGCCACUGCAGUGAACCCGAAGUCAGACAGGCACCCUAACCAUCAUGAUUUAGCGAUUCUUAUUACCAGACAUGACAUAUGUAGAGGAAUCAACGAGCCAUGUGGGACACUUGGUCUCAGUCAAGUGAAUGGUCUGUGUACAAGGACGAAAAGUUGCAACAUUAACGAGGAUACUGGUUUACUUGUGGCGUAUACCAUCGCACAUGAAAUAGGCCACAAUUUUGGUAUUCUUCAUGAUGGUGAUGAUAACAGUUGUCACGAUGGCUCACGUCGUCACAUCAUGUCCCCGCUGCUGUACCUAUCUGGUCGUCCUCAGUUCUGGUCCACAUGCAGUCGAGAUUAUAUCAGACGUUUUUUAAAUAAAGGUUGGGGAUGGUGCCUGAACGACGCACCCUCUGAGCAUCCUAAUUUCAAUAGCCGCGCGAACCUGCCAGGGACCAUCUACGACGCUGAUCACCAAUGUAGAGUGCAGUAUGGCAGAAACUCCUCACACUGUAAAGGCAUGAUGGAUAUGUGUAGCACAUUGUGGUGUAAGGUUGGCAACUCUUGUCAGUCAAGAUUGGAACCUGCUGCUGACGGUACUGAGUGUGGGAACAAAAAGGUUUGUUAUUUAGGAGAAUGUAUCGACAUUAAAGACAUACCUAAACGAGUAGACGGUGGCUGGGGUUCCUGGUCAAACUGGAGCCGGUGCUCUCGGACAUGUGGUGGUGGUGUGUCGUACUCGCAGAGAAACUGUGACAAUCCCAGACCUGACGCUAAUGGUAAAUAUUGCAUUGGAAAAUGGAAAAAGUACAUCAUGUGUAACACACAGAAAUGCCUCCCGGGAACACCAAACUUCCGUGAACAACAGUGUGAAAAGUUUAACGGCAAGGUUUUCAGAAACAGAAAAUGGGAAUGGAAACCUGCAACAGUGAAAAAACGASCUUGUGAAUUGAACUGCUCCCCUAAAGGAAUCUACGGUUUGUACAUACGAAAGAAAUUCUCUGAUAAAGUGAUUGACGGUACGCGUUGUCAUCCCUCUAAGAAUGAUGUCUGUAUCGACGGCAAGUGUGAGUAUGUUGGCUGUGAUAAUGUUCUCCAUUCUGACGCUAAGGAGGACCGAUGUGGGGUGUGCCAUGGUGAUGGGUCAACGUGUGAGACAGUACGUUCGUUAUUCAACCAAACGACAGGCAGCGGCUACGUGGAGACCACUGUCAUUCCUGAAGGAGCGCGUAACAUCAGGGUUGAAGAGGUAGCUGGUGCCCCCAAUUACCUGGCGUUGCGGUCAUCUACUGGGAAAUACCUGCUWAACGGUCAUUGGUACAUCCAGUGGAGCGGUGAAUACAAGGCAGCAGGGACCAUUGUACGGUAUACAAGAAAACACAACAAGGAAACAUUUGUGGCUGACGGGCCGACCGAUAGCGCUCUACAUAUUAUGCUUCUUUUUCAAACAAGAAAUCCCGGUGUCAACAUCAAGUACACGAUAUCUCGAAAGAACACAUCAAAUAAUGCGAGUAAACAAAGUCUAGAGUUCAUUUGGCGAUAUAGUGAAUGGUCGAUGUGUUCUGUCACGUGUGGAGUUGGAWACCAAAGAUCGAACGUAGUUUGUUUUGAGAAGUUGGGAGAUUCUCCUGUUGACGAUCAGUACUGCAACAACACGAAAAAACCUGACGAUAAACAGAGAACCUGCGGUGGAAGACUUUGUCCUGCUGUCUGGUACAAAGGACCAUGGCAAUCGUGCUCAAAGUCCUGUGGUCAUGGUGUGGCGGUUAGGUCGGUGCUGUGUGUGCGAAGUAUCAAGAAUGACGAACAAGUCGCUCUCAAUGAUAAASAAUGUGACAAAGUAAAACCAARGUCGMUAAGACUAUGCUCCAAGAAGAAAUGCCCUCCCCCAUGGCAUGCUGGGAAAUGGACUAAAUGCUCAGUGUCAUGUGGACGAGGAACGCAACGCCGAAAUGUUGUUUGUAGUCAUGGUAACUCGACUCAACAUCCAUGUGACAAGAACUCUAAGCCAAUCACGUGGCAGUACUGUAAUUCCGGAGACUGUAAAAUGACAAGCAAGUACCUGUACUCUAAGUUAUUACAUAAAUUACAGUACAUGGAUGAGGCUAACGUAGUAGACAGAGAUUCCUCACAUUCCAUUUCCCAUGGUGCAGCAGUUGCAGUCACGUGUACAGGCGAAAAGUGUCGUCCAUGGAUACGRGGUCACUGGAGUAAGUGUUCGGUGAGAUGCGGACAAGGAGUGCAGACACGUCGAGUCUACUGCCAAGGCUCCCCACGUUACUGCGAUCCACGGAUCAAGCCAGCCAAACACAGAAAAUGUCGCAUGAAACCCUGUCUUGCAUGGAARGCUGGGCCAUGGACAAAGUGUUCAGUAACAUGUGGUCGUGGUAGUCGCAAACGUAUUGUCAAAUGUUAUAACCGAGACACUGGUAAAGUGACUGGAGGAUGUUCAAAAUCACAAAAACCCAAACAUUAUCAGCAGUGUUCAUUAAGGAGGUGUCCUUCCAAGAAGAAAGAAAAGAAAAAAUGUGGAGAAUACGGGAAAGAUGCUUCGUUUUGCAAACUAGUUGGAUUACAUGGAUUUUGUAAAUUCUCUCAUUGGAGGAAACGAUGCUGUUUGACAUGCGCAGGAUGGCCCAGGAAGACAGCUAAUUGAGUAUGCGCUAUUUUUAAGCUACCCAAUAUUGCAUCAUGGAAGCAAUUAGGCAACAGACAAAGAUCGCAUCGACKUAGCGAGCGAUUUGAUGUCACUAGCAAUGAACCCGCGCGAGACGAUGGUUCGUUUACGCACUACUUAAUAAGUACAGCUUUCAAGAUGAACGAAGAUCUAGCGGUGGAUUGGUUCUCCCAAAUGCUGUUGUCAGUUUGCUUUUCGUUAUCAAUUUGUUUUUGUCUUCAUAUUUCUAGUUAUCAUCACCCGGGCUUCCAAUUUUUAAUGUAAAGGCUCUAAAAUUAUAAGAUAAGGCACACCGUGAAUAAGACAUUUUGGAAAUGAUUGUAGAUUGCAUUCAUUAUAUUCAUGAAAACAGA